AUAAAAAACAUCGUGAUAACAUCAAAAUUCAUGUUAUGUGAGUUAUCACUAUCCACGAUCAUGAAGAAUAGGAAUUCUAAUUAUUAAUAUGUAUUAAUAUACAUUUUUUUUAAUCAUUAUAUUUCAACGACCCGAUUUAAAUCUAGUAUGCUGCCAAUUACGCACAAUUAAGACAAUGUAUAUUUGGAUAUAAAAUUGAUAAGUUACACCAAGCACAAAUGACUGGUAGAGAAGAUGGGUUCUCAAUUUUGGGACAUAUUGCGUCAAGGCAUUUGGGCUUCGUUCACGGGAGGAUGGUACUACGAGCCAAAACACAGUAUUUUUACCAACACAUUCCAUUUAUACUUAUGGCUAAUUCUACUUUGUUUACCAUUUUUUAUUCAUUUGUAUAUAUCAGACAUGUUUGUAUGGAUAUUGUAUUCAAGUAUUGUAAGUUUAAUAAUAACAAUCAUAAAACUUGUAAAUUGGUCUUUGCAUCAUAUGUUUGAUACGACCGAAUACAUUGUAGAAGAAGACUCCAAAAAAGAUAGCAAUACAGAACUUGAAUGUCGACGUCCUCCCCUUAAAGAGCCAAAUAAGGAAGAAGAGGGUAUUGAAAUGCAAGUUCUUAGUGGAGGAGACUCUAUGGACAGAAAUGAACCAUCAACAUCUGGUGUAACAUACCAUCGAAAUGAACCAAUUGUUGAAAGACAAAGUAGUUCUACUAGUACUGAUUCUGGAUUACAUCUUCAAGAGAAAAUCAAAGUUGAUUGGCCUUUCAAAAAUUUAAGUCAUCAAAGUUUUAUUGAAAAAUCAAAAGAAGGUCUAAUAAAUAGACAAAAUGACCUUCGCUGCUUACAAAGUCUUUCGGAAAUAUGGAAAUAUCGAGAGGAAAAUGGUCAAGAUUUUCUUACAGUUUCUACGGAUUGUUUUCCAAAUGAAAGUAAUACCUUGGUGUCUAAGAGAGAUACUAAAUGUGCAAGCUCAGAUUAUUCUACUUCCAGUGAUGUAUUUACUAAAGAAAAUAAAGAUGUAGGAAGAACCUCCAGUUACCAACUUGUUUUUACAUCAAGUGAUAUUGACUAUCCUAUUGUUGAACACUGUGAAGAGCAUUGCUCUAGUCAUGGAAUAAUUCACACUACAAUUGAUAGUGAUGAUGACGAAGAAGCUGGCAGUAGAUCACCUUUAUUAAAUUGUCAUGAAGAUUGGGAAAAAAUAUGUGCCGAGGUUAAAAUUAUAAAAGCUGAUAGUGAUAUUGAAGUUGCCUUUAUAGAGGAAAACAAACCUAAAGAAAUUGUAAAUGAACCCCCACUGGAAUCGCCUGAAACAUUAGGUAUUGAUUGGUUAUUUGAACAUACAGAAAGUGAAUCAGAAUCUAGUGUUAUGAAAGUAAGAAAAUUGGAUAAAAAUAGAUCAAUUCCUUGGCAUUUUACACUGUCUGAUGAUGACUAUACUACAACUUCUGAAGAUAACAUUUCUAAAAAUAAAUCUGAAUCAAAAGAUGAAAGUAAAGAAGAAAUUCAAAUUCCAACAUCAAUUGGAUUUGAAAAUACUGGCGCUAUACCAAAAAUUAAAUGUGUGAAGGAUGUAAAAAAAUCAAAUAAAAAAAGAAAAGCAACAUCAACUCCUCAUUUAAGCGUAAAGCAUGAUUCAGAUAGAAAAAGACAUCGUAGAACUAAUAAAAAUAAAUCUAGUGAGUCCAGAAGAUGUAUGUGUGAUAAGAUAAAAAGUGAUAUGGAUUGUGGUACAGAAUCAAAAAGUUAUCCAACAGUUACUGAUGAAUGGAUUGAUAAUAACACUCUUAGUAGACCUGAUGCAAUGACUACAUUAAAUGUGAAUGAAGGUGCUUCGUCAUCUGCUGGUUCUCAUAAUGAACUUAGUUCCCUUCUACCUACAAAUUCAGAACUAACUAUUAACCCAACGGCAGAAUCUCAACAACAAAAUCAAAAUUCAAUCACUGUGAAAAAUGAAGUUGUAUUAGAUCAUAACACUGAUGUUUUUUAUAAUGGACAUAGUCGAGUGGAAAAUAGAAAUAGAAUACGACAUCGUCAUUUUAAUAAUAGAACCAGGGGUCGCCGUAUGAGAUCUCGGGAUGCAUUUAGUUCUCCAUUUUUACAUGUUUCUGAGGGUUUAAGUUUUGCUACUUGUCCUGAAGAUACAUCAGAAGGAGCGACACAUUUUUUCCGUGAUGAAAAUGGUCAGUGGAUGUCUUAUACAUUUCGAGAUAUCUUAAAUAAUAAUUCUUCAGUGAUGAAAUCAUUCCCAUCUACAUCUCGACAGGUUGAUUCUACAGAUGAUCUCGUUUUUAAUCACUCUCCUGUUUCUCGACUGUUUCCUCGUCCCAAUCGUAAUUAUGAACACCAGUUUGAAAUUGAAGAGGCAUUCUGGCUGCAAAAUCCACCGGGUUAUCGUCAUUUCAAUGUGUCACCAAUAAUUACACCUGUUGAAGAAAGUUUAGAACAUGAACAUGAAAAUAGAACAGAUUACCAAGAUGAGUUUCCAGUCAUACCACGACAGCUACGAUUUGAUCUUCUUGAUCCGAAUCUUGGAAUACCAAAACCUAAACGAUACUAUCCUUAUAAACCAAUCAAAAAAAUGUGUUUUAAAGUUCGUUUUGAUCGUCUUGCAUUAUUGUCUGCCAUUGAUCGUAAUUUAACAUUAUUCGAACUAUUUAUUACCAUUAUUCUUGCCACAGCAGUUGCAGUUUUGGGUGCAUUAGUAUUGUACUAUAAAUUUUACAGAGAUAUUCAUGCAUUUGUUUUCUGUUUUGUUAUGGCUGGUUGUCAGUACUCUUUAGUAAAAUCUGUACAACCAGAUGUGGCAUCACCUACACACGGUUUUAACAAAAUUGUUGUGUAUAGUCGUCCUGUCUACUUUAUUUUGUUCUCAUCUAUAUUACUUUUGACACAUAUUCAAUUGAAUUCUGGCAAAACAUUUUACCAAAUUAAAUUUUAUGGUUUUACAUUACAUAUUUUCUAUUUAUUGGAAACUAUUCGUGAUUUUUUGACAAACUUUUUAUUAUUCUUACCUAUCACAUUUAGUUUGGGUUUAUUGCCUCAAGUUAAUACCUUUUUUAUGUAUACUUUGGAACAAAUUGAUAUUCAUAUAUUUGGAGGUAAUGCUACCAGUUCACUUAAAGCUUCUGCAUAUUGUGUAUUACGAAGUUGUUUGGCUGUAUCUAUUUUAUAUGGUGUUGCAUAUGUGGCAUUAAAUGAAUGGUCUGGAUCAUCAAAAAAUGUAUUUUUCUCUUUAUUCUGUGCACUGCUCACUGCUAUUGCCUAUCAUUUAAGUCGUAGUUCAAGUGAUCCAGCUCCUAUAUUAAAUAUUCUGAAAACAUAUUUAUGGCCCAAUGAAGAUAUAUUUUCCAGACCUGAUGUAGAAUGUCCUAUACCUAGAAAAGAAACUGAAAAAUUAAAGAAAAAAGAUUCCGAACAAAAAGAAAGGGAAUGUGAAGAACUACCAAAGUCUGAAUUAGAAGAUGAAAUUGAAAUAGAAGAUAACUGGCCAAAACAGUUACAAGAUACAAUAAAUGGAAGAUUAAAAACUGAUUUAAUUUUUUGUCCUAUUAUCGGUCUUAUUGUUUUUGCUGUUCAUUCUAGCAAUAUUUUUUCUGCUUUGCAACCAGAAUUAAAUCCAGUUAUGUGGUGUAUUACUUUUAGUGUUGGAUUUAUCUUGCACUAUAUAAUUCCCCAAUUACGAAAACAAUUGCCUUGGUUGUGUGUUGCUCACCCUAUAUUAAAACAAUCAGAGUACAAUCAGUAUGAGGUUAAACAAUUGGCUAAAAUUAUGUGGUUUGAAAAAGUGUAUGUAUACUUAUGCUUCUUUGAAAGAAAUGUUCUUUAUCCACUGAUGUUUAUUGGCUGUUUGACAUCUGACAGUAUAAAUGUCAUAAACAAAUUAGGAGUUUUAUUAGGUCCUUUGGUAUUGUCAGUGUGUGCACUUAAAUGUUUACGGUGCUCGUUUUCUCAACAAUCCAAUCAGUAUAAUAUAUUAGCAUUUGCAGUACUAUUUUUUCAAUCGGACUGUGUAAAUAUAAAAUGUUCUGAAACCUUCAUUGUUGAUUACUACCUUACUGCUAUUGCCUAUGAUAAGAUUUAUGAAUUUUUACUUAAGUUGCAAUUUGUCAUUACGUACAUAGCUCCAUGGCAAAUCACUUGGGGUUCAGCGUUUCAUGCUUUUGCACAACCAUUUUCUGUACCUCAUUCUGCAAUGAUGUUCCUUCAAGCAUUUUUAUCUGCUGUGGUUUCUUCACCACUUUAUCCUUUUUUAGGAAGUGCUAUAUUUUUGACAUCUUAUCCGAGACCAGUAAAGUUUUGGGAACGAGAUUACAACACCAGGCGAGUUGAUCAUACUAAUACUAAAUUGUCCUCACAUUUAGAACGAAACCUUGGUGCAGAUGAUAAUAAUUUAAAUUCAAUAUUUUAUGAACACCUUACUCGUCUUCUACAAAAUACUCUUUGCGGUGAUCUCAUAUUAGGACGUUGGGGUAAUGUGUCACAAGGUGACUGCUUCGUCUUAGCAUCCGAUUACUUGAAUUGUCUCGUUCACAUUGUUGAAAUGGGAAACAAUUUAGUUACUUUUCAAAUGCGUGGUCUUGAAUUUCGUGGUACUUAUUGUCAGCAAAGAGAAGUAGAAGCCAUAUCUGAAGGUGUUGGAGAUAAUGAAGGAUGUUGUUGUUGUGAACCUGGACAUUUUCCUCACAUUUUAUCUUUAAAUGCUGCUCUUGGACAACGUUGGCUUGCUUGGCAAGUAGUAGCAGCUAAGUAUGUUGUACAAGGGUACAGCAUAUCAGAUAUCAAUGCAGCAUCAAUGUUACAAGUAUUUGAUUUUCGAAAAGUGUUGGUUAGCUUUUAUAUUAAGAGUAUUAUAUAUUAUGCUAUUCGUUCACCAAAACUACAGCAAUGGUUGGCAUCAGAUGAAAUCAAAGAAGGACUAAAACCAACUCUAAGCAAAAGUUUUGUAGACCUCGACCCAGUUUUUAAUAUAAAUAUUGAUGAAGAUUAUGACUUACUUUCAUGUGGUGUUACCCGUAAUAGUUUUUGUUCAUUUUAUUUAGAGUGGAUACGGUUUUGCGCAUUCCAAACAGAAAAUAUUCGAAAAAUUACAAUAGACAAAGGUAAAGAUUCUUUAUUGGUAUCUUUAUGUUUUGCUCUCAGUUUGUUGGGAAGGCGAUCACUAGGUUUAGCAUCACACACUACUAUGUCUAGUGUUGAGUUUUUCCUCUAUGGUCUACAUGCCCUUUUUAAAGGUGAUUUUCGCAUAACAUCAGCAAGAGAUGAAUGGAUAUUUGCUGACAUGGAUUUGAUGCGUAAAGUAUUGGCUCCUGCAAUUAGAAUGUCAUUAAAACUUCAUCAAAAUCAUUUUAUGGUUCCUGAUGAGUAUGAAGACCCAGCAGCUUUGUACAAUGCUAUAAAUUAUCUCCAAAGAAAUUUAGUUAUAUCUCAUGAAGGUGACCCAGUUUGGAGAAAUGCUGUUUUAUCUGGGAUGCCAUCAUUACUUGCUUUAAGACAUAUAAUGGAUGAAGGUUCAGAUGAGUAUAAAGUGAUUAUGUUGAACAAACGAUUUUUAAGUUUUCGUGUUAUAAAAAUUAACCGUGAGUGUGUACGAGGUCUUUGGGCGGGACAACAACAAGAACUAGUAUAUUUACGAAAUCGUAACCCUGAACGUGGUAGUAUACAAAAUGCCAAACAAGCUUUAAGAAAUAUCAUAAAUUCAUCAUGUGACCAGCCCAUUGGUUAUCCAAUUUUUGUCUCACCAUUGACAACUUCUUAUGCAGAGACCAAUAAACAAUUGUCAUCACUUAUAGGUGGUUCAAUUAGUUUAGGGAAAAUUAAGAAAGCUAUUGUCAGAGUGUGGUCUAGAUUAAAAAGCAGAUGUGUUGAGGGUUGUUCAAGUGGUAGUUCUUUACAGUCACAUGAUGAAGGUGGAUUCGGACAUGAAGGCAUUUAUGCUAUGACUCAGUUUAAUAGGCAUUCCGGAUAUGGUACCAGAACACCUGGAAGUCAAUCAAUAGAAAUGAGUGGAAGUGGUAGUGGAGUAGGUGGUAGUAUCAGUAGCAGAAGUGGUGGUACAAGAGGUAGUACAGUUAAUGUAGCUGGUAAACCAGGUUCUGCCGGUCUGGCAAACUUGGCUGGACUGUUAUCAUCAUCUCAGUCACCAAUUACCAAUUCUCCACAAGCAUCUGUUGACAGCAAUCCUAAUGAAAAUUCUCCAAUUCAACGCAGAGUUUUGAUUUUGGACCCAUUACAAGUGUACGAUGCUAUCAAUUUGGGCCGUAGAAUUGAUGUAGUUUGGCCUGAUGAAAAAAUGCGAAUAAGGGGUGGCCGGAGUCAUUGGAAAGAUUGGUUACCAGAAAAAGGAAUGGAAGGAUUG